GGACGGAUUAUGGAGUUGCACACACGGUUUUCCCUAAAGAAGCGCUAGUUACGUUUUUGCUAAUAAAUUCAAUAUUUAAAAUUGUGCUUUUUGGUAAUUUGAUAAACUAAAGAUUUUGAGCUCCGUGUAGGAUUUUUGUACUUGAAUGUUUAAGUUUGUGAGCAGAAAGCGGGGAAAGUAGUUUUGUGUGUAAUGAUGGAUGAGGAACCGGAGAGAACGAAGCGUUGGGAAGGAGGUUAUGAACGGACAUGGGAGGUGCUGAAGGAGGACGAGUCCGGCUCUCUGAAAGCCAGUGUAGAGGACAUUCUGUUCGAGGCCAAAAGGAAGAGGGUGUUCGAGAGUCAUGGGCAGGUCCGACUUGGAAUGAUGCGUCACCUUUACGUGGUGAUCGACUCAUCUCGGACGAUGGAGGAUCAGGACCUGAAGCCCAACCGACUCACAUCUACACUGAAGCUCAUGGAGUAUUUUGUUGAAGAAUACUUCGAUCAGAACCCCAUCAGUCAGAUCGGAAUCAUCACCACCAAGAACAAAAGAGCCGAGAAACUCACUGAGCUCGCAGGAAAUCCUAAGAAGCACACGGCGGCGUUGAAGAAAGCUGUGGACUCGGGGUGUGUGGGCGAGCCGUCUCUGUACAACGCCCUCAGCAUCGCCAUGCAGACCCUCAAACACAUGCCAGGACACACCAGCCGAGAGAUUCUGGUCAUCUUCAGCAGUCUGACCACCUGCGAUCCGGCCAACAUUUACGACCUCAUCAAGACGCUGAAAUCCCUUAAGAUCCGAGUGUCUGUGAUCGGACUGUCUGCUGAGGUUCGGGUGUGUACCGUUCUGACUAGGGAAACCGGAGGAAUCUACAACGUGAUCCUGGACGAGAGCCAUUUCAAGGAGCUGCUGACGUUCCACGUGAACCCUCCUCCCGCCAGCUCAUCCUCGGAGUGCUCGCUCAUCCGCAUGGGUUUCCCUCAGCACAUCAUCGCUUCUGCAUCUGAUCAGGACUCCAAGCCGUCCUUCAGCAUGUCGCACCUGGAGAGCUCAGAUGAAGGACCAGGCCUCAGUCUCGGUGGUUAUUAUUGCCCCCAGUGCAGAGCCAAAUACACAGAGCUGCCCGUGGAGUGUAAAGUGUGUGGUCUGACCCUGGUCUCCGCCCCUCACCUGGCUCGCUCCUUCCACCACCUGUUUCCUCUGGAAGCGUUUCAGGAGCGCCCCCUGGAGGAGCACACAGGGGACAGGUUCUGCCAGGCCUGUCAAGGAGAGCUGAAGGACAAAAGUGUGUUCACGUGUCCGGUGUGCGUGAGCGUGUUCUGCGUGGAGUGCGACAUCUUCAUUCACGACACGCUGCACUGUUGUCCGUGCUGCAUCCAGAGACAGGGAGCGUCCUGAGGACAAGUUCCUCCACCACGCUCACAGAACCUGCUGUUACUUAUUAUAUAAGUUCUAUCUUCUGCUGUACGAACUGAAUCCUGAUCGUGUGUGUGUGAGAGAGAGAGAGAACACAGUGAAACACCACAUGGUCCUUACACUAAAUGAAGGCCAGGCAGGUUUUACCCAUCACCUUAAACACACACACGUCACACACACACACACACACACACGUCACACACUCUUCAAGAUCCUGAUUGUCAGGAUUAGGUGUGUUGGGUAAUAAACAGCAUUUGAGAACAGGA